GUCUGUACUAUUAAGCUGCGGGGCGGCCCUCGUGGCCGGGAUGCCACUGUGUGCCGUGCCAGUCCACAGUGGACGGUGAGGGGCAGGAGGAGGGGACUGAGUGCAGGAGGCUGAGGGGAGGCGCCCCACACCAGACCGGAGAUAUGAACCUCUGCUGGAACGAGAUCAAACGCAAGUCCCACAACAUCCGGGUGCGGCUAGAGGCCUUCUCCGACAACAGCGGGAAGCUGCAGAUCUCGCUGCAGGAGAUCAUAGAAUGGCUGACAGCCAAGGACGAGGAGCUGUCGGAGCAGCUGCCCAUAGGAGGCGACGUGGGGGCCGUCCAGCACCAGAGAGAGUUCCACCAGGCAUUCAUGGAGGAUGUCAAGUCUCGUGGGCCGUUUAUCUACUCCGUCUUGGAGUCUGCCCAGGCCUUUCUGGCUCAGCACCCCUUUCAGGAGCCAGAGGAGACCCUGACUGAUGGAAAAGAGGUGUCUCCUCGCCGGCGGAUCUUGAAUGUGAGCCGCUCUGUAUGGAAGCAGGCGAACGUGGCCAGUGACCUGUGGGAAAAGCUGACAGCUCGCUGUGUGGACCGCCAUAGACACAUGGAGAGGACACUGGAGCGCCUUCUUCAGAUCCAAGCAGCGAUGGAGGAGCUGGCGGGGGCCCUGGAGCAGGCGGAGGGGGUGAGGGACGCCUGGGAGCCUGUCGGAGACCUCUUCAUCGACUCUCUGCAGGACCACAUAGACGCUACCAAGUUAUUUAAGGAGGAGCUGACCCAGGUGAAAGAGGGCAUGAAGCACAUCAAUGAUCUAGCCCACCAGCUGGCGAUCUCCGAUGUCCAUUUGUCGAUGGAGAAUGCCCGAGCCCUGGAGCAUCUCAACAGCAGAUGGAAAGUGCUUCAGGGUUCGAUAGAGGAGCGGCUGAAGCAGCUCCAGGAUGCACACAGAGACUUUGGUCCUGGAUCGCAGCACUUCCUUUCCAGUUCAGUGCAGAUACCGUGGGAGCGUGCCAUCUCCCCGAACAAAGUGCCCUACUACAUCAACCAUCAGGCCCAGACGACGUGCUGGGAUCAUCCAAAGAUGACAGAACUGUAUCAAGCAUUGGCGGAUCUGAACAACAUCAAGUUCUCGGCGUACAGAACAGCAAUGAAACUGCGUCGAGUUCAGAAGGCUCUGAGACUGGAUUUGGUGGCGCUGAGCAGCCUGGUGGAGGUGUUUCGGGAGCAGGAGCUGCAGCAGGGAGAGCAUGUGAUGGAUGUGGUGGAGGUGAUUCAUGGCCUGACUGCUCUGUACGAGAGGCUGGAGGAGGAGAGGUCCAUCCUGGUCAACAUUCCCCUUUGUGUUGAUAUGUGUCUCAACUGGCUGCUCAACGUCUAUGACAGUGCUCGAAAUGGCAAAAUGCGAGUUCUCAGCUUCAAGAUGGGAUUGGUGAGCCUGUGCAAUGCAGACGUCCAGGAGAAGUACAAAUAUUUAUUCCGUCAGGUUUCUGGCUCUGGAGGUCUGACAGACCAGCGUCACCUCAGCCUGCUGCUCCACGAAGCCAUCCAGAUCCCCCGCCAGUUGGGUGAAGUCGCUGCUUUCGGUGGCAGCAAUGUAGAACCGAGUGUUCGAAGCUGCUUUCGCAUGGCUCCAGGGAAACCUGCCAUUGAGGUAUCUCACUUCCUGGAGUGGAUGAGCCUUGAGCCCCAGUCGAUGGUUUGGCUGCCUGUCCUCCACCGCGUGACUGCUGCAGAGUCGACCAAGCACCAGGCCAAAUGCUACGUCUGCAAACAAUGUCCCAUCAAGGGCUUCAGGUAUCGCAGUUUGAAGCAGUUCAAUGUGGACAUCUGCCAGACAUGUUUUCUAACCGGCCGCACGACCAAGGGAAAGAAGCUGCAUUACCCCAUCAUGGAGUACUACACCCCAACAACCUCGGGAGAGAAGAUGAGGGACUUCGCCAAGACUCUGAAGAAUAAGUUCAGGUCAAAGCAGUACUUCACCAAGCACCCACAGAGAGGUUACCUGCCAGUGCAAUCAGUGCUGGAAGCUGAGAGCUCAGAGACACCCUGCUCCUCACCCAAGCUGCCCCAUGCAGACACACACAGCAGGAUUGAACAUUAUGCCAGCAGACUGGCAGAAAUGGAAAGCCAGAAUUGUUCGUUCUUCACGGACAGCCUGUCUCCUGAUGAAAGCCUGUGAGUAUGCUGCUACCCCAUCAUUACAACACCCAGGGAUUACGUGUGUGUUUUGUGUCUUUCCUCUUGAUUCAUUUCCUGUGUCCGUGUUUGUGUGUGCGCUCAGGCUUCUUCACGUAUGUCCGACUCUUAGGGGAGGACUGAGUAAUCAUCUAAAUGAUCAGUCGCAUAAUGAAAAUGACCCACAGCAAGCAGCAUGCACUCACUCCCACUUCAUCAUCCACAUGCCUGCUGUGAUUCAGGUCCAUGUGCAGAAAUACAAAGUGUGUGUGUGUGUGUGUGUGUGUGUGUGUGUGUGUGUGUGUGGGAUCUGGCUGAGUGGCGGGCGUUGGCGAGGUUACAGCAGCGAGAGGAAUAAGGAUGGUUGAUGUGAAUGAGGCAGUCAUUCCUCAUUGUGAAAAGUUGAGAAAGUGCCACAUGGAGAGAGCGGCUGUUUGAGAUCAUGUUUCGGUGUCCAUAUCUUAUUUUGUUGACAUCUGUGUGGGCUGUCAACCGUUUCUCCCCUCUCUGAGACAGUUUUCCUUUUUUUUUUUUUUUUUUUAUUACGCUUUAAAGUCAAGGUUGCAUGCCCAGCAGCUACGGUUUGUUUUUUUAGGGCUCCAGGUGUGUGUCUGUGCAAGUACACUGGGAAGUGUGCUCAUUAUUUCUCUUCACAUGUGUUUUUUGUGUAUCUGCCCAGAGAGAGCGCUGUGAUUGACACCACAUUAAGAGCUAGUUUCAGGUUUAGACAAAACUACAAUACUUUGCAGCAGUGCAGCUCUUUCUUUACUUCUGAUGUCUUAGCUUCUCAAGCCUGCUCUCA